AUUUAUAACUUUAAGACGCGUAGACGCGACGAGUAACCACAGCAACACACUGUCUUUGUCUCACUGUGAUGACGUCGAAGUACAGCAUCGUAAUUUAAUGGAGCUCAUGCGAGAAUACUACAAUUGCGGAAAGGGGAAGGAGAGGUGGGGAAAAUAGUCUUGAGCUCUUGUGUUACAUCUAUCUCACAUGUAUCAGAAGAUUUUCUCCAGACUUCUUUCAGGAAUAUAUAGCCAACAUCCUGGUCAUAGUUCAGUGCUGUGGAAUCAGAUCAGUCUCUUGCAGCAACUUAACAGACCUCUCAACCCCAAUGUGGUACCUGUUCAAGGAAAGCUAAUAAUUACAAGGCUAAUUUGUAGCGAUGGCAGGACCAAGACCUGUGGUGCUGAGCGGGCCAUCUGGAGCUGGAAAAAGCACCCUGCUCAAACGGUUGCUCAAGGAGUACGAGGGGGUCUUUGGUUUCAGCGUCUCACAUACAACACGAAACCCCCGACCUGGAGAGGUGAACGGCAAAGGCUUGAAAUAUCUCCCUAUCCUUCUUGAGGCGACAACUUUAUUGCCCCUAGCAGACGUCCUCUCAUCAGCUAGAGAUUACCAUUAUGUGACGAGAGAGGCAAUGCAGAAAGCUAUAGAUUCUGGGGAAUUCAUCGAGAAUGCAGAGUUUUCUGGUAACAUCUAUGGAACAAGCAAGGCAUCUGUGCAGGACGUUCAGGCCAAAAACCUGAUUUGUAUCCUGGACAUUGACAUGCAGGGUGUGAAGAACAUCAAGAAGACAGACCUCAAUCCCAUCUACGUGUCCAUUCAGCCACCCUCCAUGGAGAUCCUUGAAAAACGGUUACGAGACAGACAGACUGAAACAGAGCAAAGUUUACAGAAACGUCUAGAAGCAGCUCGAAUUGAUAUGGAGAUCAGUAAGGAAUCUGGUCUUUUUGAUGUUGUAAUUAUCAAUGAUGAUUUAGAAGAAGCAUAUGGAAAAUUAAAAGGGGUACUCAUUGAGGAAAUCAAUAAAGUCCAGGAUGCUCAAAAAUCCUGAAAGACUAAAAUGAAAGAAGUCUACCUCACAGGCCACUCCUGAGAACAAGAACAGCAGCCUUCCAUUCCAGUACCCAACAUUCCCUCAUACAGCUGGGACUCUAACUAGAACAAGUACUUAUGUAUUUUAACUGCUAAUUUUAAUUUAGGAAAUCCCCAGGUAGACUUGUAAUGUUUUCCAAUCCGAAGGGGCAGUUACUUUGUUUUAUAGGUUUACAUGUAUAUAAUUAGGGGACAAUUUUAUUCAGUUUUUCUUAGCUGGUUAAUAUUAUGACUUUUUAUAUUUAAAUAUAUAUUUACAGUGCAUACAGGAGUUGUACUUGUCCUUGCUCUGUACAGCACUCAGGAGCUUUGAAAUGUCGUUAAUUACAAAUGUAUAUUCCCCAGUCUUGGCCACAUUUUGUCAUCAUUGAAGUAGAGUAACUGGAACAACGGUACAGUCAAGUGUUUAAUGUUCUACAGCUAACUGUACUAUAAUGUACAUAUAAAAGAAAAUGUUUUAUGCAUGAAUCAUGUAUAGCUUAUUUUCCAAGAGAGAUCUGAAUUUAUUCAUUACUUUUUAUUUCUUUUGAAAAACUGAAACAUUUUCUAGCUGGUGACAGUCGGCAUCUUGCAUUAGCAGACAUUUGAAGGAAGAUUUAUGGUUCUCACUUCAGUGUGUGCAUUUCUGACGUGUUGAUGCUGUAACUAGAACAAAAUUUUACCUAGUGAAGUUCCAGCUACCUUUUAUUCACAGUGCAAAAUACAUUUAUCAAAUAAGCUCAAUAGUUUAAAAAUUGUUAAAAUUUUAUAGAUUAUGACUUUGUUUCCUAUGUGAUUUUCAAAUAGUAACAUUACUAUUAUUUUUUGUUUCUGUUGCUCAGUCUGUUUUGGUAUACAUUUGUACGUCUAUUUGUAUUAUGUAUUUUGUAGGACACCAUCUGUAUACUGUAUGAAGUAAUGGAAUAGCCCAGUCUUCACUCAAUACAUAACAUAAAUGCAUCUUUCUUAAAUGUCAUCCCAUAAUCAGUGCAGUGUAAACAUAAGUGUGCUGAGUUUGUAUCCUAUCAUUGAAACCUUGGCAAGUGGCUGGAACUGGGUUUUACAAACCAAUCAUUCGUAUAGGAAAAAAAAACUACGGAAUAAGUAAUAUCAACAGAGUGUUUGAUCAACUUUUGAUUAAUGAGUCAUCAAAACAGUCAGCCAACCCAAGAAUGCCAAAGACCAGGCCCUGAACGUGUGUAGCCAUGAAGGAAGAGGUGAACUAUUGUUCUAAGAAUUGUUCCUAAACCAAUGCUGCAAUGAUCCUUUAAAUAUUUUACCCUUGGUGUAAUAUAGACAAAUAUUCAUAUAAAUAACUUACAAUUUCAAAUUGUGUUUCAUAUUCUGGCUAAUGGAACAAUGCACAUGUCCAUGUAAUAAUGUGUGUGUUUUUAAGAAAAAAAAAUACUGGAAAUUGAAACAUAACACAUUAUGUUAACAGUUCAGAUGAUGUGAUGACAACAAAGUCAAUUUCAGUGAUCUCCAUAAGCAAUUAAGCCACCUUCAGUUUUGUUUGAUUUUAUUAUUUAAGUGGCUAAAUUUUAUAUUGUUUUUUAUAUGUGUUUUUUAACUGUCAAAAUAAGAUUUGUUUGCAAGUAUGAGUGCACCCUGCCUUUUAUGAUUUAUUUUGACCUCUUCUGACAAUGUCUUAUUCUAAGGUCGAGCAGGAAACCUUAACAAUGGCAAAGAAGGAGUACUAGAAUUUAUGGCACAAAGGAGAGUGAAGAAAUCUCUUGUGCAAGAACUUGAAUUAAAAAAAGAUUUUCUUUACAAAUCUUUCCAUUCCAGGAAAUUGUACCCACUUUAUGUCCUGCACAAAUAUCUAAGAACUAAGCACACGUAGCAGCCACACAACUUGAAAUGCAUGAUAGCAAUAUGCUAAAUAGGAACACUCCUUCCUUCAGUGGAAUGAAAUAAUGCUUUGAGAAAUCAUUUCUUACUUAUUGUGAGCUUCUGUAACAUGUACCUGUAUGUGGCUGUGCUAGUUUAAUAAAUGCCGUGUGGCACUUUAUACUUUC